UUAGAUCUAAAUGUAACAGGUAUGCACUGUUCGUCAUGUGUAUCAAAAGUAGAGGGUACAUUAAAGAAGGUGAAUGGUAUCAAGAAGGUUUCUGUUUCCUUGAUGACCAACUCUGCCACUGUAGAUUAUGAUCCAGCCCUUCUCACAUCUCAAGAAAUCAUUGAGGAAAUUGAGUCUAUUGGGUUCCAAGCUUGUAAAAAACCACCAAAAACAAAGAAACAAGACGCAGUUGACCAAUCCUUCCUUAUUAUCAAUGAAUGGAAGAUCAAGUUUAUUGUUUCCCUCCUCUUGACCAUUCCUGUUGUUGUUUUGACCAUGUCCAACAAGAGCAAAUACUCUGGUCAAGAACUUCAAAUGUUCAGAUUCCGAUUUUCUGCAUGGGAAAAGAUCAAAUAUGUAUUACUGAAUUAUGGAUGUAUGCUCUUGACAUUUAUUAUUCACUUUAUUACUGGUUGGCAUUACCACAAGAAUGCCUUCAAAGCUUUGAGAAAUUACUAUGCCGACAUGAAUGUACUGAUAUCAUUGAGUACUAAUGCUGCCUUUUUCUAUUCUAUUAUUUUAUUAUUUAUUAGUACUUUGGAAAUGUUUGGAAUUAUUAAUCAGACAGUAUCCAAAGCACCAUCCUAUUUAUUUGAAACUUGUGCCAUGACUUUAAUGUUCCAAAAUCUUGGUAAAUAUCUGCAUUCUAUUGCAAAGAACAAAACAACUGAAUCUCUCUCAGCACUGGCUCAACUUCAACCUGCCAAGGCCAAUAUUGUUGAGAAUGUGAAGGAUGAAUCUGCUCUAUCUUUCAGUGCUAAUACGAGAGAAGUUUUCGUUGAGGAAGUUUCUGUUGGAGACUAUGUCAUGGUCAAAUGUGGACACACUAUUCCUUGUGAUGGAGAAGUUGUUCUUGGACAAUGCUUUGUCAAUGAGAGUAUGCUCACAGGAGAAUCAAAGAGAAUUUACAAAAAGAAAGGAAGUAAGGUUCUAGGUGGUACUGUAAAUGAACAAUUUUCUGGCAGUGAAGAUGGUGGAGUUAUUAUUGUGAAAAUCACCAAGACUGGUCAAGAUAGUGUGUUGGGACAAAUUAUCAACCUCGUACAACAAGCUCAACACAAUAAGGCUCCUAUUCAAGAGUUUGCCGAUAAGGUCUCUAAAGUUUUCGUUCCUAUUGUGGUGGCCUUGUCUCUUUUCACCUUUGUAACUUGGUACUUCUUCUCUGUGACUGGUACUGUUAAUAAUGGAGCCAGUAGAGUUGAUUCUAUCAUGUUUGCCCUCAUCUUCUCCAUGUCAGUUCUCAGUAUUUCCUGUCCUUGUGCGAUUGGUUUGGCAACUCCAACAGCAGUUAUGGUUGCAACAGGUAUUGGAGCAUCUAAUGGUAUUUUGGUGAAGGGAGGACUUCCAUUAGAAAUUGCACACAAGGUGAAUUGCAUUUGUUUUGACAAGACUGGUACAAUUACUAAAGGAAAGGCUUCAGUUGUGAAUUAUGGAUUCUUUGCUGAAGAUGCUUCAAAGAUUGGUAUUAAGGAACAAGAGUUUUUCGAAAUUCUUGUCGGAGCUGAAAGAGCUAGUGAACAUCCUUUGGCUGAGGCUAUUGUCAAGUAUUUCUCACCAAAGAUUGAACAUCACGUCGAUCAUACUGACACUUCUCUCAGUAUCAUUGGAGGAAAAGGUUUAAGAUACAUCUAUACAAAUAAGAGUGAUAUGAAGCAAAAUACUGUUCUAAUUGGUAAAUCCUCAUUCCUCAGUCAAGAAGGUGUCAUUGUUACUGAUACCAAAGAUCAGAAAUUUGAAAAUACCAAGAAGAGUCUCAAGGAGGGCCAUACUGUUGUUUUCUGUUCUGUAAAUAAUAAUUUGAUUGGUUAUGUUGCUCUCUUUGAUGAAAUGAAACCUGAAGCCAGAGAAGUCAUCAAGACAUUGACUGAAGAUUUUGGAAUUAGGUGCAUUGUUAUGAGCGGUGACAACAAGCAAGCAGUUCAACAAUCUGUUUCAUUACUAGGCUCCAAAUUGGAAUACCUUCACGAUAAGACACCAAGUGAAAAAUGCCAAUUUAUUGAAUCACUUAAAAAGCAAGGUUUUACUGUUGCUAUGGUUGGAGAUGGCAUUAAUGAUUCACCAUCUUUAAGUGCUGCUGAUGUAGGCAUUGCCAUUGGUGACGGAACUGAUGUUGCCAUUAAGAGCUCUGACAUCAUCUUGUUAAAUUCUGAUUUGAGAGAUGUAGUCACAACCAUUGACUUGUCUAAAAAGACCUUCUCUAGAAUUAGACUCAAUCACUUACUUUCUCUUGGAUAUAACUUGUUCAUGAUUCCAUUGGCAUGUGGUGUAUUGUGGCCUUUCUAUGGUAUUGUUUUGCCACCUUAUUUAUCUUCCAUGUUAAUGAUGUUCUCCAGUUUGAGUGUUUUGGCAAGUAGUUUGUCUCUUCGU